AUGACCCGACCGACCUUGGCGCCAGGUGGUCAGCACCUUGGCGCCAUGCUUAGGGUACCUAAUGAAAGGGGUCCUGUGCCACCGGCUUGUUGUGGUGGAGUUAAAGGACUCAAUAAUGCUGCAAAGUUGACUCCUGACCGUCAGACUGCCUGCGGAUGCUUAAAGAGUGUGUAUGCCUCCAACUCGGGCAUUAAUCUCGGCUUUGCAAGCGACCUCCCGGGGAAGUGCGGUGUCAACAUCCCUUAUAAGAUCAGCCCUAGCACCGACUGCUCCACUGUUCAUUAAGGCUGGAACUUAUGCAUGAAGGGAAUAUUAGAAGCAUAUGGUGUAUUUGGCUAUAAGCCUAUAAAUAAUGCUCUUGUUAUCUCUCUCAGUGUCUUU